UAUCAAUGUCAAACGUGCCCGUUUUAAAACGUAUGGUGCAUUUCAAAAUCGGUCCUCUCGCCUCGGCCAGCUGUCUUGCCGGUUAUUUUUAGGUUAAACUUAAAAUCUAAAAUAAAUUGAAGAAAGCUGCCGUCGUACUCCGCGGUUAUGAAACAAUAAAGCAGAUCUGUGUCGCCUGCAGAGCGCCAGACCAAAGUGAACCAUGUCAGGCGACGUACAACCAAGGAAACGUAAGGACAAGAGAAGGAGAAAAGAUGAGUUGAGCGUUGAAGAGCCUCGUGGCACGGCGGCGGUGUUCGGCGAAGGCGAUGUGUUUAUGCACUCACAACACGAACAUGGCACAGGAGGUCAUUGGUGCGCUAAGGUCAUAUUCUUCUCCCUGCUUGCCAUUCUCGUCACUCUUAUUGGACUGAUUAUACUAGAAAAUAGAGGACUCAGUGAAUUGGAAGCAAACUCAGUGGAGUCGAGAUAUUCUGGUGUCCUUGAGGGCUGGCUUGAAGAUACACAAGAUGACAACCAUCAUGAUGAACAUACUUUGGAACUGAAGCAUCAUGAUGAAGAAGAUGAUGGAGAUGAAGAUGAACAUGGUGACAUUGCGCACGAAGAACAUGACGAUCACGAUAACGAUGAAGAUGAUGACCAAGCUGAUGAAACAGAUGAUGAUGAUGAUGAUGAUGAAACCGAGGAUAAAGAUGAAGAAGUAGACGGAGAUAACGAUGAUGAAAGUCAUAAUAACGACGAAGACGAUGAAAACGAUGAAGAAAACGAUACUCAAGAAGAUGACGACGAUACUGAUGACCGGGACCAACAUGAUGUUGAUGAUGAAGAUCAAAUCUUAGAUUCAGAUGAAAUUGAGGAGGAUGAAGAUGAGAGAAAUUUCAGAAAGUAUUAUGAAAAUGUAGAUGAUGAAGAACAACAUAAUGAGGAUGAUGACGAAGAUGAUGAUGAUGAUGAUGAUAACAAAGAUGAAGGUGUUCAUGAUUAUCAUGAUGAUGAUGAAAAUGGCGAUCAAAAUGAUGAUAGUCAUGAAGAUGAGGACGUUAAAUCUGCUGAAGACAACGACGAUUCAAAUCAGGACGAAGAAAAUGUUCAUCAGCAGGAUGAAGAGUAUAAUAAAGAAGAGGAUGAAGAAAGUAAUGAAUAUGAAGAAUCUCGCGCUAUACAUCAAAACGAGGAGGAAGGAGAUGAAGAUGAAUCAGCAGAGGAUGAAGAUAUUGAAGUAGAAAAAAUAGAAAAAGAAGUUUCCGAUGAGGAUGUGCUAGAGGAAGCUGCCGCAUCAAGUGUAGAGGAAAAACAAGAAGACGACAAAAGCGCAGAACAAUCGGAAGAAGAAGAAACUCCUGAAGAAGGCCAAACUGGUGACGAUGAUGAGUUCCUCAAGCCCGAAGACAUUGAGGAGCCGGUCGUAGUAGAACGGAUAAUUGCACCAGCUGGAAAACCAUUGCCUGAGGUGGAGGAAGGGGCGUCCACCGAAAAACCAUCAGACACACUCGCUGAAGAGGAAGAGUACGAGAAGCAACAAGAGGAACUUCGUCGCCAGAAAGACCAGGCGUCGCAUCUGUGGCUGAAGGUGGCGGUGGGCGGCGCGCUGCUCGUGGCCACGCACGCAGUCAUACGCCGAGCCACUGCACCGCGCGAUCCAUCACUUGUGGAACGUACUAGUAGAGAAGACUCUCCUUCGACGAUUGAUCGUCGGAUGACUCUCAUACCAGAAGAAUCAUCUAUAGAUGAGCCAGAUGAAAUACCAGAAAUUGUUAGAGAAGUAGAAAAAGCUUUUACAGCAACAGCUCAGUCUGUACCACUUCCUUCUGAAAAAAGCGAAGAAGAAGACGAUGAGGAAUUGGACUUGGAAACUAAGAAUGAGGAAACUACUGAAAUGCAAAAUGAUGAUGAACAUAAAGAAUUGUAUAGCGAUGAUGAAAACCAGGAGGAAGAAGAACCAGAAGUUGAAGUUAAGGAAGAUGUUAAAGAAAGCGUAGAGGAAUCGAAAGAUAUAAAAGAACCCAAAGAACAGAUUAAAAAUGUAGAACCAGACGAGGAAAUACCUGAAGACGUUGAAAUUAUUGAUGAGGAACUACUUGAGGAGGAAAUUAUUGAAGAAGAAGAAGAGGACGAGGAGGAAAUAUCGGACGUAGACGAUGCUGAACUGUUGAGUCGAUUGGAAGCCAAAUACGGCCGGCUACCUGAACCCGAAAGGCCAGGACCGAAAAAAGAUGGUGGGAACAGUUUAGAGGACGAGUGGCCGGGUGAGCCCAGCGAACAGUAUUGGCGGCAGCAGCUAGAUGAGGCUGAACGCGAGCUGCGAGAGGCGGCGUGGAGCGCGGCGGAGCGGCGCGCGAGUGCGCCGGAGCUGCGCGGCAGUGCGCGUGCGCGGUACGUGCGGGCGCGAGCGCUCGACGCCGCGGCCGAGGCGCGCCGCGACAACCGCUUGCUCUCGCAGUCUAUCGCCGCCUACCUCGAACUGCUCAAGAUGAACGAACGGCUGUCCGACAAAAAGCUCCUUGAAAUCACAAACCGGACACUCGACCGAAUCCGCUUUAGAGGAAACUACCUAAAUGCCGAGCCUGUGUAUAGGCUACUUAUACGCCGGUUUCCAGACGACCCCGAACAUCGAAAUAAUUUAAGCAUUUCCUUCCUUAUGGCUAAUAGGGCAGACCUUGCCGAAGAAGUAUUGAAAGAAACCCUUCGUCGCUGGCCUGACGAUCGCGUCGCUCUUGCUCAUCUGGGUUUUGUGCUUAAAACAUCACAUAACAAGCUGGAGGAAGCUGUGGACGCAAUGCGUAAAGCUUUAGAAGGGGACAUUGGGGCUGCCAAUGAACCUCGUUUCUACUUCCAUCUCGGCGACGCCUUACUAUUACUAGGUCGAUACAAAGAAGCAGAAGAAGUCCACAAACGAGGCGCGGCACUUGGCCACUUUCUGUCUCCAGCUCAACGGUCUCUCUACAACGUAGAACGAUUAAAGAGUCGUUCCUGGUGGAACAUAGAACAAACACCAUAUGCACGACUAGCUCGCAAUCUGGAAGCGUCAUGGAAAACUAUAUUAAAGGAGGGAGAAGCCGCCCGCGCUCUGUAUGAGCAAGAAAAAGAAGGGCUGAAGGAGAGAGGUGAAUGGUCCCAAUUAGACAUAUUCGUGAGAGGCCAAGAAAUACCAGGAAGAUGUAAAAAAGCACCAAUUACGUGUUCCAUAGUUCGUCAAGAAUUAGCGGCUGUGGGUUGCAAACGCGGGCAGAUCAAGUUUAGCGCUAUGGAGGCUGGCACGCAUGUGCGGCCACAUGUCGGUCCCACCAACUGCAGGUUAAGAAUGCAUUUAGGACUCAGCAAUACCAAAGACACAUACAUAAGAGUGGACAAAGAAAUCAGACAGUGGCAAGCCGGCAAGGUGUUGAUGUUCGACGACAGCUUCGAGCACGAGGUGUGGCACAACGGCACGGGCUCGCGGCUGGUGCUCAUCGUGGACGUGUGGCACCCCGACCUCACGCCCGCCGAGCGGCGCACGCUCCCCGCCAUCUAACUACUACUCGCACGUUGCAGAACAUGGAUGAAGGUCAUAUGUCAUAUUUUCAACCACAUCCCUAUUGUCAGCACCUUUAUUUGUCAUAUUAAUUAGUACAACACUAAUUUUAUUUAGAAUUUACAUACAACCUUCAUCCACUCGUGUUUUCAUUAUCUUAUUUCUUAGAUACUGUAGACUGAAUGAGAAUGUCUUAAAUCAUAUCAAACGGGCUAUUCAAUAUUGGCCCGGUAUCUUCUAGGGCGAAAUGUAUUUCAAUUUCAGAACAAUAAAUUAAUAUGUCUGGCGGGAUAGCCUCAUUCAGCCUAGACAUAUCAUUUGAGCCAUAUUGUUAUAAGCCGGAGCUAUUAUUGUACAUUUCUCUCAUAACAGUCAUUAGUGAUAGAAUAAUUUACAGUACAAUGAAACAUUAUCAUUAACGCCAAAAACGUUGAAAUAAGUUUUAAGUUUAUUAUGUAUGUACUUAAUUCUAAUAUUGCAAGUAAAUGUGUAAUGAAUGAGAUUUUUUAAAUAUGUUCAGAUUUAACGCCAGUUCUAAUAUUGUACUUUUAUAAACAAGUAAUUUAGGCAAUUAUAAUUUUUCCAUUAUUUUUUUUUUGCAUCACAAUGGAAACCAAAUAUUAGGAUGUUGAAAAUAUUUUACAUGGAUGUUUCAAUUGGAUUUUAACUAUCGCAAAGACUGCCAAUUUCAAAUUAUCUUCGUUUAUCCGACUAUGCUUGUAGGCAUAAUUUUAGAUGGUAAUGAACUUAACAAAAGCAAUAUACAUAUUUGUGAUAGUAUUAUCUAUAUCUGUAGAGAUCUGUAUAUAUUUUAUAAGAAUGUUAUUACAAUAUUCGGUGUAAA